UCUCUUCCUGCCUCCCGUCCCUGCCGUCCCCGGGGGCGGCGCGGAGCCGUCCCCAUGCCGAAGAACAGCAAGGUGACACAGCGGGAGCACAGCAGUGAGCAUGUCACCGAGUCGGUGGCCGACCUGCUGGCCCACGAGGAGCCCGUGGACUACAAGCGCAGCGUCCUCAACGUGACGGCCGAGAGCUGGGACAAGCAGAAGGAUGCGGAGGACGAGGCGGAGGCGGAAAACCGGCCGGCGUGGAACAGCAAGCUGCAGUACAUCCUGGCACAGAUCGGCUACUCCGUGGGGCUGGGCAACGUGUGGCGCUUCCCCUACCUGUGCCAGAAGAACGGAGGAGGUGCCUACCUGGUCCCCUACCUGGUGCUGCUCAUCCUCAUCGGGCUCCCCCUCUUCUUCCUGGAGCUGGCGGUGGGGCAGCGGAUCCGCCGGGGCAGCAUUGGCGUCUGGAAUUACGUCUGUCCUCGCCUCGGGGGCAUCGGAUACGCCAGCUGUCUGGUGUGCUUUUUCGUGGGGCUCUAUUACAACGUCAUCAUCGGCUGGAGCAUCUUCUACUUCUUUAAGUCCUUCCAGUACCCGCUUCCCUGGAGCGAGUGCCCCAUCGUGAAGAACGGCACGCUGGCCGUUGUGGAGACCGAAUGUGAGAGGAGCUCAGCCACCACCUAUUUCUGGUACCGGGAGACCUUGGAUAUCUCUAACUCCAUUUCGGAGAGCGGCGGCCUCAAUUGGAAGAUGACCCUGUGCCUGCUGGUGGCCUGGAGCCUCGUUGGCUUGGCUAUGAUCAAAGGCAUCCAAUCCUCGGGGAAGGUCAUGUACUUCAGCUCGCUCUUCCCCUACGUGGUGCUCGUUUGCUUCCUGGUCCGGGGCCUUCUGCUGCGAGGGGCAGUGGAUGGGAUCAUGCACAUGUUCACCCCCAAGCUGGAUAAAAUGCUCGACCCCCAGGUAUGGCGCGAGGCGGCCACGCAAGUUUUCUUUGCCUUGGGCCUCGGUUUUGGAGGUGUCAUCGCCUUUUCAAGUUACAACAAGCAGGAUAACAACUGCCACUUCGACGCGACGCUGGUGUCCUUCAUCAACUUCUUCACGUCUGUUCUGGCCACUCUGGUUGUAUUUGCUGUGCUGGGCUUCAAGGCCAACAUCAUGAAUGAGAAAUGCGUGGUGGAGAACGCUGAGAAGAUCUUGGGGUACCUGAACACCAAUGUGCUGAGCCAUGACCUCAUCCCACCCCAUGUGAACUUCUCCCACCUCACAGCCAAGGACUACAAUGAGAUGUACAGGGUGAUCAUGACGGUGAAGGAGGGGCACUUCAAAGAACUGGGACUGGAUCCCUGCCUGUUGGAGGAUGAGCUCAAUAAGUCGGUGCAAGGAACUGGAUUGGCCUUCAUUGCCUUCACAGAAGCCAUGACUCAUUUCCCAGCUUCGCCGUUUUGGUCCGUCAUGUUCUUCCUGAUGCUGAUAAACCUGGGGCUGGGGAGCAUGAUUGGCACCAUGUCAGGCAUCACUACACCCAUCAUAGACACCUUCAAGGUGCGGAAGGAAGUGUUCACAGUUGGCUGCUGCAUCUUUGCCUUCUUGGUGGGCCUGAUCUUCGUGCAGCGCUCUGGGAAUUACUUUGUCACCAUGUUCGAUGAUUACUCGGCUACCCUGCCGCUCACUGUUGUGGUGAUCCUGGAGAACAUCGCUGUAGCCUGGAUUUAUGGCACCAAGAAGUUCAUGCAGGAGCUGACAGAAAUGCUGGGUUUCCGUCCCUACCAGUACUACUACUACACCUGGAAGUACGUGUCGCCCAUCUGCAUGGCCGUGCUCAUGACGGCCAGCAUCAUCCAGCUGGGGGUCAGCCCGCCCGGCUACAGCGCGUGGAUCAGAGAGGAGGCUGCAGAAAAGUUCCUUUUCUACCCAACCUGGGCCAUGGCUAUUCUCAUCUCUCUGAUCAUCCUGGCGUCACUACCUCUGCCCCUGGUCUUCAUCCUCCGCCAGUUCCACCUCGUGUCGGAUGGCUCCAACGCGCUCUCUGUCACUUACAAGAAGGGCCGGAUGAUGAAGGACAUCUCUAACUUGGAAGAUAAUGAUGAGACCCGCUUCAUCCUGAGCAAAGUGCCCAGCGAGACCCCCUCACCCAUGCCCACACACCGUUCCUACCUGGGUCCUGGCAGCAACUCCCCCAUGGAAAUGAGCAAUGCCCCAAAUGGACGAUACGGGAGUGGGUAUUUACUGGCCAGCACCCCUGAAUCUGAACUGUGACGGUCGUCUGCCUGCCACCCCCACCGGGAGAGAAGGUUACUGGGGAGUGGAUCCUAGCUGGCCAGGCAACAGGAAAAUUAAUUAAUAAAGAAAA